UUGAAGCAAGCAAAAACACAGUAUAAUCAAGAAAAAGAGCGCAAUAAUCAGUUGAACAAAGAUGUCAAAGAGAAGAACAAAUUGGUCAAGAACUUUGAGACUCGUGUCACAACUCUUCAGUAAGUUUAUUAAAAAUUCUAACAAUUUCCGACAAUCUAAUCAAUUUAAAUUUUUUAGAUCUGAAAAGGAUGAUGUUGUUGAGAAACAAAAGCAACUUCAAAAAGAACUCCAAGGUGUUCAAAAGCGUGCCAGUGAUGAUGCUCAAAAAGCCAAACGUGAAAUGCAACAACUUCAAGAGCAAAAGAAACAUCUUCAGAACGAUUUCAACAAUCGAGAACAUGACUUCAAAGGACAAGUUUCUCAGAUGGAAGAAAAAGUUCGCGAGGUCAAGAAACUGAAAGAGGAAUUGGCUGUUGAGAAGAACAAGGUCAAUCAACUUCAACAAGUUUCGUCGUCACACCAAGAAAGAGCCAAGAAGAGCGAAAUUGCGCUACUUCAGCAUCAACUUGAUGCCGGACUCUCUUUGUUGGAUAGAGCUAUGGUUGACGCCAAAAAGAAGAUGAAGGAAAUGGAAGAUGCGGCCAAUAGCAGGUAAGAAUAUCACAAGAAAACACGUAGAAUUAAUAUUGAUUUUCAAAUAUUUUAGAGCUCGCUCUGCUAACGAGAUUAGCCUUUGCAUUCAAUCACGCGAUGAAUGGUCAAAUAUCAUUGAAGAGAUCAAGAAAUCAAUUGAAACCACCAAAAUUGAGCACGAAACUCAAAUCGAAUCAAUCAAGAAUGGCAAACCAUUGUCGUCACUUUCAAAAAUUUCAGUUCCGAAACCUCCACCAGCUCCACAACUUGUUAAAGUUGCACCAAUAGCACCAGUUGAACCAACAAAACCAGUGCCAGGAGUUAUUGGAACUCGUCCAGCGACUGCUCAAUCAACCACACCAAAUCCAGUUCCACAACCAACACCACCAAACAAUGGACCACGUCCAAUUUCACCGGGAAGUCGUGCUCCAGGAUCGCCAGUCAACAAGCCAUCCACAUCAAAUCAAGGCAGCAGCUCACCAGCUCGUCACGCACCAAUUGGAACUCGUCCAAAUGGAACAGUUGUCAAUGGUUGCUCCGCUGAUUCAUCAAGUACUGGAAAUCCUUGGUCGUGGUCAGAUUCGCUUUCUGCAAUAACUGAAUCUUUCCAUCCAUUAAAACGUUUUGGAACCGAAGAGCGUACUAAUCUUUUCAACGGUGAGUUUCUCAUCCUAAAUAUUUCCAAUCAGUAAAAUAAUAUCUAUAUUUUCAGCUAAUGAUCUUCUAGCCGGUUUGACUGGAUUGUCAAAUAAUUGGACAUCGGCUGAUGAUCAAUGGAAUGCAUCAGUUGCCAAUCUUACUAACAAUCUCAACUCUCAACCAAUUAACUUUAUCACUCCAUUAACAAUGCAAAAUCAACUUCAACAACAGCAGCAACAAGCUCAGCAACAAGCAGCACAACAAGCUCAACAGCAAGCAGCACAACAUCAGCAACAAGUUCAGCAAUCACAAUUGCAAGCAGCAGCAGCCAGUCAACAACAAAACAGCCAAGCUUACUCGAAUGCUUCGAGCUGGAAUAAUUAUCCAGAAAUGCAUCGACAAUAUAUGUUCAGAGUAUGUUAAAAAACUUAAUUAAUUAGUCGGAAAAUAAUAUAAAUUUUUCAGCAACAACAGCAAUAUCAACAGCAUCUGACCAUUAUUUCGAAAAAGAUUGGUAUGGAUCUUGAAAAGACCAAUGAACUUGUCACUGAUUUCUGUCGUGAGCACAAAGUUCAUUAUCAAAAUAUUACUGGUGAUGAUUCUGUUGUUGAAAAAAUUCGCGAAUAUUACAACAAACGUGUUCAUCAAAUUCGCAUGAGUGCUCCACCGGGCGCUGCUCCAGGAUAUCUUGCAAAUCCACUUGUCUCUGUUAUGGAUCGUGCAAACUUCAACAAUUUGUUGGGUGAUACUCAUCAAAUGACUGAUCGUUCUGGUGGUCUUCCAAAUAUGGACAAAUGGUAG